AUGCAACGUGCUCCCACCAGUGGAGGCCAAGCGGGCCUUGUGGCAGCGGUGGAGCCCACUGCGGCAGAGCGGCUUGACCAUGUCGGCAAGCUUCUCGCCGAAAAGAAGCCCUGGCCCGCCUUUCUGCACAUCGGAGCUCGAGCAACGGAAGAGUGGGAGGCUUGCCCCACCCCUGUACAGGAGGCUCUUGUAUGGAUGGCGAGAGCCACGGUUGGGGUGCUCGACAUUGCGAGCGUUGGGCCCUUAGAGCCUGUUUGCCAGGCAUUCAAGGGGUUGAUCGAGGCUGCCGAAGGUGCAGCGGAGUCCCAGGACAAGCUCAAGGGGCUGAUAUCCCGGUGCGCUUUCCUCACCACCGUCUUGAUUCAGCACGACCGAGCAGUUGGUCCGCUCGCCCAGGUGCAGAAGCCCAUGAAAGACUUCGUCGCCACGACCAACGAUCUGGCGGCCUUUGCGGCGACAUGGGCCAAGGGCGGCAAGUGCAGGGCGCUUUUUUGCCACCGCAGCGACCGGAGCACUCUCACCGACUUCGAGGAGGGUCUGCGCACCAUCAGCAACGACAUCGCCUUGGUGGACGGGCUGGAACAUCACCAGCUCUUGUUGGCCGUGUAUCGCCAGUUGCGCCCUCCAACGCUGCCGGCUAUGGCCUCGGUACCUGCAGGGCCGAUCUCCCUGACCGAUGGCCACAUUUCACGGCCUUCGUUGCUCGGGAGAGCCAUUGGCUACCUCACGAACACGGCUGUGGGCGACGCGCCCUGUGUGCUGACCGGCAUGGCGGGAGCGGGAAAGUCUGUCCUGGCGUCCGCAGUUGUACGAGAUGAGAAGGUCCGCGAGCACUUUCAUGCGGGGAUGUUUUGGGUGAGGGCGCGUGACGCGAAGGAUCAACUCCACGCGUGCUUGGAAGGGUUUGCGUUGCGAGUAGCGUCAACGUCAGGGACUACUUCCCCCGGGCUUGGCAGCGUGGAAGAAGUGACGCGUUACCUGAAAGCGGUUUGUGCCGACUCUGUGUCACCGCGCUUGGUCGUGCUGGAUGACGUGUGGGAGCGGGAGAUCGUUGACGCGCUGAAGCUGACGGGGCUGCAGCUGCUUGUAACCACACGCGACCGUUCGGUGGUGUCGAUGCCGGGAGAGUGCGUUGAGGUGGGGGAUAUGGAGGAGGACGAGGCCCUGGAGGUACUGAGAGUCGGUUGCGGGGCAUCCAAGAACCUGGAGUUACCGCGUGCUGAGGCGUUGCAGGGUCCCCCACAAGAUCCCAAGUCUUGGCGAACUUUGCACGAGGCUUUGAGCAAAGCGAUGUCGACAAGACUGGGGACCGACCGCAUCAUGGCCGUACCGAAGCGAGUAGAUGCUGUCUUGGAAGUGAGCUUGGGCGCCAUGGCAGACGACCCAGCGAAGCAGCAAAGAUGCCUGUUCCUUGCGGUACUCGCCCCGGGUACACUGGCGCCAUCUGACAUGCUGGAAGAUUUGUGGGACGAGGCUCCUGGAGCUACCAAAACGUUCGCUGCACAGCUCGUGGAUCAGUCCAUGCUCCAGCCUGCAGGAGAUGCUUUUCGCGUUCACGAUCUUGUCUUGCUGUUCCUCAAGCCCAAGCUCAAAGCCGAUCCCAACCGGCCCAUCGCCACCUCCCGUUUCGCGGAGUAUCUGGGGCAGCUGAAGGUUCUGCGAAGAUACCUGGGCGAUGGGGAAACGAGUGAUGGUGUGUAUGCCUUGAUGGCCCUUUGGAGGUCGGUGGAGGACCUCGUGGGGGAGAGCCGAGUCGCAGCUGUGUACAUGAACAACCUACAAGGGGUACCGGAGCAUGCACCGUGGCGACAGGCUGGCCGUGUUUUGGAGCUCAUGGGGAAGUAUGCUGAGGCAGACCCUCUGUACCUUCGAGCUAUUGAGAUCGGAGAGAAUACGCUGGGUCCUGACCACCCAGCUCUUGCCACACAGCUCAACAACAGGGCGGGGUUGUUGGGGAGUCAGGGGAAGUAUAAGGAAGCUGAGCCACUUUUCAAACGCUCGUUGGCUAUCGUCGAGAAGGUUUCGGUCCUGACCACCCUGAACUCGCUACAGACCCCAACCUGGGCGGGGUUGUUGAUGAGCCAGGGCAAGUAUGACGAGGCUGAGCCUCUGUACAGGCGCUCGCUGGCUAUCGACGAGAAAGUUUACGGUCCUGACCACCCUGCGGUCGCUACAGACCUCAACAACUGGGGUAAGUUCGCCGAGGCCGAGCCUCUGUACAGGCGGGCGACCGAGAUUUGGGAGACAGCGUUGGGUCCUGAGCACCCUGUUGUGGCCACAGCGCUCAACAACCGGGCGGGGUUGUUGGAGGCGCAGGGAAAGUAUGACGACGCGGAACCGUUGUACGUAAGAGCUAUCGCUAUCGGAGAGAAGGCGUUGGGCCCAGAGCAUCCAGAUGUUGCCGUGUGGCUCAACAACCGGGCGGGGUUGUUGCAGGCUCAGGGCAAAUACUCGGAAGCUGAGGCACUCUAUGAGCGGUGUCAGGCGAUAGAGGAGAAGGCUCUAGGCCCUGAGCACCCAAGUCUAGCCACAACGCUCAACAACCGGGCGGGGUUGUUGGAGAGUCAGGGCAAAUACUCGGAAGCUGAGCCACUCUAUGAGCGGUGUCAGGCGAUAAAGGAGAAGGCUCUAGGCCCUGAGCACCCAAGUCUAGCCACAACGCUCAACAACCGGGGCAAGUACGACGAAGCCGACCCUCUCUAUCUGCGAGCUAUUGAGAUUGGGGAGAAGACGCUAGGCCCUGACCACCCAGAUCUUGCCACGAGACUCAACAACCGGGCGGGGUUGUUGGAGGCGCAGGGAAAGUAUGACGACGCGGAACCGUUGUACGUAAGAGCUAUCGCUAUCGGAGAGAAGGCGUUGGGCCCAGAGCAUCCAGAUGUUGCCGUGUGGCUCAACAACCGGGCGGGGUUGUUGAGAGCGCAGGGAAAGUAUGACGACGCGGAACCGUUGUACGUAAGAGCUAUCGCUAUCGGAGAGAAGGCGUUGGGCCCAGAGCAUCCAGAUGUUGCCGCGUGGCUCAACAACCGGGCGCGGUUGUUGGAGCGGCAGGGCAAGUAUGAAGAGGCUGAGCCUCUGUACAGGCGAUCGCUGGCUAUCGACGAGAAAGUUCACGGUCUUGACCACCCGAAAGUCGCUACAGACCUCAACAACUGGGCGGUGUUGUUGGACAGUCAGGGGAAGUAUGAGGAAGCCGAGCCGCUAUAUGAGCGGUCACAAGCCAUACGAGAGAAGGUCCUGGGUCCGGAACACCCUGCCGUCGCAACGGUGCUCAACAACCGGGCGGGGUUGUUGGAGAGUCAGGGCAAAUACUCGGAAGCUGAGCCACUCUAUGAGCGGUGUCAGGCGAUAGAGGAGAAGGCUCUAGGCCCUGAGCACCCAAGUCUAGCCACAACGCUCAACAACCGGGCGGGGUUGUUGGAGAGUCAGGGCAAAUACUCGGAAGCUGAGUCACUCUAUGAGCGGUGUCAGGCGAUAAACGAGAAGGCUCUAGGCCCUGAGCACCCAAGUCUGGCCACAACGUUCAACAACCGGGCGGAGUUGUUGAGAGCGCAGGGCAAAUACUCGGAAGCUGAGGCACUCUAUGAGCGGUGUCAGGCGAUAGAGGAGAAGGCUCUAGGCCCUGAGCACCCAAGUCUAGCCACAACGCUCAACAACCGGGGUAAGUUCGUCGAGGCUGAGCCUCUGUACAGGCGGGCGACUGAGAUUUGGGAGACAGCGUUGGGUCCUGAGCACCCGAACGUGGCCACAGCGCUCAACAACCGGGCGGGGUUGUUGGAGAGCCAGGGCAAGUACGACGAAGCCGACCCUCUCUAUCUGCGAGCUAUUGAGAUUGGGGAGAAGACGCUAGGCCCUGACCACCCAGCUCUUGCCACGAGACUCAACAACAGGGCGGGGUUGUUGAAGUGUCAGGGUAAGUUCGCCGAGGCCGAGCCUCUGUACAGGCGGGCGACCGAGAUUUGGCAGACAGCGUUAGGUCCAGAGCACCCAAGUCUAGCCACAACGCUCAACAACCGGGCGGGGUUGUUGAAGAGACAGGGGAAAUAUGAGGAGGCCGAGCCGCUGUAUGAGCGGUCACAGGCAAUACGGGAGACGGUGCUAGGUCCAGAGCAUCCUGAUGUGGCCCAGUCGCUCAACAACCGGGGCAAGUACGCCGAAGCGGAGCCACUCUAUGCGCGGUGUCAGGCGAUCGACGAGAAGGUUCUAGGCCCUGAGCACCCUGAUGUGGCCACAACGCUCAACAACCGGGCGGGGUUGUUGAUAGCGCAGGGAAAAUAUUCUGAGGCAGACCCUUUGUACCUUCGAGCCAUUGAGAUUGGAGAGCAAACGUUGGGUCCUGACCACCCAGCUCUUGCCACAUGCCUCAACAAUCGGGGGAGGUUUGAGGAAGCCGAGCCGCUGUAUGAGCGGUCACAGGUGAUGUUGGAAAAGGCCUUUGGUUUGGAUCACCCGAAUGUGGCCACGGUGCUCCGCAACCGGGCGGGGAUGUUGAUAGCCCAGGUUAGACGCUUCGUUGUCUUCCCGUGA